CGUCACGCCGUCUAGCGUGCCGCUUACCUCACUUCCGGAAGGGGCGGGGCUAAAGAACAAGCGCUUCCGGGAGAAAGCCGGGGCCGGAGGGGACCAUGAGCUGGAUUCCGUUCAAGAUUGGGCAGCCCAAGAAACAGAUUGUACCCAAGACAGUGGAGAGAGACUUCGAAAGGGAAUAUGGGAAACUUCAGCAGCUGGAAGAACAGACUAAGAAACUGCAGAAGGACAUGAAGAAGAGCACAGAUGCAGAUGUGGCCAUGUCGAAAUCAGCCGUGAAAAUCUCUUCAGACCUGUUGUCCAACCCGCUCUGUGAGCAAGACCCCAAUUUCCUGACAAUGGUAACAGCCCUGGACACUGCCAUGAAGAGAAUGGACUCUUUCAACCAAGAGAAGGUGAACCAAAUCCAAAAGACGGUGAUAGAGCCCUUGAAAAAAUUCAGCAGUGUGUUCCCCAGCCUGAACAUGGCAGUGAAGAGACGUGAGCAGACUCUGCAAGACUACAAGCGGCUGCAGUCCAAGGUGGAAAAAUACGAAGAGAAGGAGAAGACCGGCCCCAUCCUUGCCAAGCUACACCAGGCCCGUGAGGAGCUGAGGCCGGUAAAGGAGGACUUUGAAGCCAAAAACAAGCAGCUUCUGGAGGAGAUGCCCAAGUUCUACAGCAGCCGCAUCGACUACUUCGAGCCCAGCUUUGAAUCGUUGAUCCGUGCUCAGGUUGUGUACUACACUGAAAUGCACAAGAUCUUCGGAGACCUGACAGAGCAGAUUGAUGAGCCAGGCCUCACAGAUGAGCAGAGGGAGAAAGAGAAUGAAGCCAAGCUGAGCGAGCUGCGGGCCCUGUCCAUUGUGGCUGAUGACUGACCUCCCCACCCAUGCUGGGGGAACCUUCUCAAAGGCUGCUGCUGUCUGAUGACAAGAACAGGGUGGAAAUCUCUAGGUUUUAACCUGUGCACAGCUGCCUGCUGCUCUCCAGCUUUGAACUCCUUAGAAGACAAGGUACAACUUUUGAGGGGUGGUAGGGAAACUACCUCAUGCAAUGGGCCGGCCUAAAGAUGCCCUGUUUUAACUGCAAACAACAAUGUACACAUGGUUUUCCUGUAGCACACAACUAUUUAUUAAGAAUUAAAAAAAAAUUAUACAAAGUCAUCUCAGUGGGAAAACAAGAGACAAAAAUAGCCACAGACAAGUGAAGAAGAGAGAUUUUUUUUUAAACCUUUCCCAUUAAAUACAAGUUGUUACCACAUUUGUUGUCUAAAGCACCACAAAGUGCAGAUGGCAGACCUUCAUCUUAAGACCCUUGUGUGUUUAUUGUAAAGGGGAGGCAUGGGCAGUAGCGCUCACAGCCAUCACUUACCAAAGGCCUUUUUUUUGACAACCUUGGCUGUCACUGGCACACACUAGGCUGUGAAAACACUGUCCUGUUCCCCCAUAAUGGGAAUCCAGCUCAAGUCUCCCUCAGGCAGUGAAAGGGUUCUUAGUUCCUCAGCAUCUAUGCCCCUCACUGACCUUGCCAUUUAGUCUACGCUCAUGACAGGGCACAGACUCUGCUCUCUCCUGGCACGCUAUAGCUUCAGGGAUCCACAGGUGUCAGUUGCUAGAUGAUGGUUCCUCCUCCUUCUUCUCUAAGCAGUUAUUAGUCUGGAAGAGAGAAGGACAGCAGGCAUAAGCCAGCAGGGCCUGCCCAUUCGCUUCAGAAAGGCAGGCAUGCCCGCCCGCCCGCCCCCCAAAAAAUCAAAUGUAAGAGGAGACAGCAUAGAUUGAUACCUUCUCAAUGAUCUUCUGGAUCUCCAGCUGCAGUGGAACAAGGCGCUUUUUGUUCUCCUGCAGCAGCCUUUGGAAGUGGGAUUUCUGCCUCUCUGCCAAUUUCACCUGCUCCUCCGUAUCAGCUAGCUGCUUCUGUACAGCCUGCAGCUCAGUGGUCAACACCUUGUUUGAUGACUCUGUCGCUGAGUAACGGGUCUGGGCUUCCUCUGUGGGCAGAGAACACAUUCAGCCCCCCCUAUGACUCCCUGGUGGGCCCACACAUACUCUGUCACCACCCCAGUAGUGCACUGGCUCACCCAGCUUGACCUCCAGAGUGUGGAUUUUGCUCUCCAGGUACAGGCGGCUACUCUCAGUCUGCUCUGCCUUCUCCAGCAGCUUCCCCACAUUGAGGACAGUCCCAUUGUGGGAGAUCAGGUCCCCAUGCUCCACCACUGCCUUGGGCUGAGUAGAAACCUCAGCCACAGAGUUUGAGGCAGGCAGCAAAGAGAGGUUUCCUGAAACAAGAGCAACCAACCUAGUGGUGACUUUAGCCUCUGGGCACCUGUUACCAUGGCCCACGUGUCCAAUAACUAACUACUUACCCAAGAGCCCUUCCUCAGGGACAUGGUCAGCACUGUCCUGGCGGUUGUAGUGCAGGCUCCGGUACUGGCACACGUACUGAGUCACUACUCUGUUCACAAGCUGCUUCACCUGUCAACAAAUCAGCACACACCACUCAGCACAGUAACUUUCACAAUGGAGUGCCCCCCGAGGGUCAGCCACAAGCUGGUGCUCACCUGCUCUUUGCAAAGAUGUAACCCCAGUGUCAUGAGGAUCUUCUCCAGGUCUCUUCUGUGCAGGUAGCCACAGAAAUUCAAAUCAAAGUAGAUAAAGGCCAGGAGAGCAUCCAGGGGCAGCACAGCACUUGGGUCCAGCUCCUUGGGCUGCUAAGGAACAAACCAUUGGUUCAGGGCAGCCCUAUUUCCCCCCACCCUCCUUAAGACUAGUCAGUCCGGGUUGCGGUGGCUUACUGACCAGGUCCUGGAGCGAUGAGAACUCCAUCUCUGACUGGUUGGAAGCAAUGGAUCUCACCUCUGCAUCAUCUAACUUGACACCUGCAGGGGACACAAACAAGGCAAGUUUUCUGCACAACCCAACUAGAUGCACGUGCCACCCAUGCUGUGCACCAGACCUACCAAAGUCCUCCUCCUCAUCGUCUCGCAGCAGCAAGAGGUCAUCCUCCAGGCUCAGCAUGCACAGCUCAUCAGUUGAGUCUUUAGGCUCCACUUUGCUGGCCUUCUCAUCCUCUUUGGCCACCUUGGGACCCUCACUGCAUGCUGGCUUCUGCUCUGCCCCUUCCUCCUCCUGAUGGGUCUGUGAACAGGCAGGAGAAAGUCAGAAGUGCUCUGUAGUCUCAGCUGAGACCCUGGGGAAAGGAGUGUAGCAGGGACACACCUGCACAGGCUCCUGCUCACUGGUUGCCUCCUCCUGGGCCUCUUCCUUCUGCACUUUCUCAUGCUCAGCUGGCUUCUCUGACUCCAGGUUCUUUGCCUCUGAUGGCUCUUCCUUCGCUGGCAGAGCCAGCAGCGCCUUGUAAAGCUUGUAGCCAAAAUCUCGCUGCAGCAUCUCCUGGAAAAGCUCUGCCACCACCGCCACCUUGGGGAGGGAGAUGGGCAGAGAGAAUUGUAAGUGCAGCGCCCCAAGCAACUCUAGGUGCCAUCAUGCACGGCAGCUCCCUUGGAGCCUACCUCAAAUGAAAGCUUUUCCCUCCGUCUCCUGUACUCCAGCAGGGUGCAGAGUGAGAUGUUGGAGCAGCUCGGCUGCCCACCCUGCAUUGCUGGUUUGGGGUGGGCGAUGAUGGCAGGUUCCAGGGGGGGAGUGGGAGUUGGAGUUGGAGCUGGCUCAGCAGCAGCAUUAGUGGCAUCCACGUCCUGUGCACUGGCCUCCAUUUCCUGGUCUGGGGCCGCAUCUGGGAUCUCCACGUCCUGUUUAAAAGCAUUACAGAGCGAUCUUUACAAAAGUGAGUGAUAGACCUUUUUGCUCUUGGCUUUAUGACAGCCCAGUCUCACCAUCUCUGGUUUCUCCUCCGGUGAGGGGGGUGGCAGAGGGGCCUUCUCUGCUUUCUGCUGGCACAGAGCCUCCCACUCCUCCAGAGGCGGCAUGCAGCUCCAGACAUCUGGCAGGAAGAUCACCACUGUCUCCCUCUGUGACGGGUCUCCCUGACGCAGAUAUCUAAACUCAGCAAAACGGAACCUGGAGCAUGGGGGGGGGGAGGGAGAAAGAGAGAGGGUCAGGGAAUAAAACCUGUCACUGCUAGAUCACUCUGAAGACAGCAACAGACCAUGACUCCCACCCAAACCAAGUCUCUUGCACUUGCCGUUCAGUCCACCCCGCCAAUGCUAAAGACAGAGAACCUCCAUCUUCCCUUAGCUGUUACUAACCAACCAAGUCACAUGUGAGACCAGGUUUAAGCAAAAUAAAAAUCAGUUGCCACGGUUACCCACUGCAGAAAUUCUAUAUAUAGCCAUAAUGUAAUCAGCCAAACCAAUGCACCCAAAGUCCCAGUCCAUAUCUACAUGGAUCUGAACAGGCCAUUUUUAUAGCUCAAAGAUAUCUCAUCAUGGAAUAGGGAUUAAUUAGGGACCCAAUCCUAUUAAUGUUGUUUUAAUUAACUAAAACAACAUCUGUCUGGUGAUGUUCUCCUCCUAAUACAGCAUGGCAAGAUAAUGAUUAACCUGUUGAACUGGAGACAUUUAUGAAGUCAUUGAUUACCUUUGGUAUAUGAAAUAACAAUGCACUUUUAUGUAGAAAACCAUGAUUAAAUCAAAUCCACCCUGCUGGAUAAUGCUA